AUCGAAACGGUAUGGAAUGGAUAAUAAAUAACCGACCCGGAAUUCAUUGCCCCGGAUCUCUCUGACUUUCUUCCUGACACGACACGGAAUGGCUCUCGUGCGAACUCGAAGCACUGACGUCUCUCCCUCUCUUCCUCUUCUUCUUCAGCUAACCUUUGCUUUGUUGUUCGUCUUUUGUGCCGAUAAAGGAUGGUGCAUCCGGGUUCCAGAUCAGGUCCCAAAUACGGCCGACCGCCCUCUGAAAACUGCGGUUUUUGCUCUCGGUUGCUUUUGGAGAUCGGAGGCGGUUUUCGGUUGCUUAAAUGGUGUCGUCCGCACCACUGUCGGCUAUGCAGGCGGAUCCAAGGUCAACCCGGAGUACAGAAGCUUGGGCGACCACGCCGAAGCUGUGCAGGUUGAGUAUGACCCAACGGUGAUUACUUUCAAGCAACUCUUGGACGUUUUUUGGUCUAGUCAUGAUCCGAGGCAAGUUUUUGGCCAGGGUCCUGAUGUGGGUAACCAGUACAGGUCUAUUAUUUUUACAAAUGGAACUGAAGAGUCCAGAUUAGCUUCAGUUAGCAAAGAAAGAGAGCAAACAAAGUCAAGGAGUAGCAUUGUGACCACUCAAAUUCGACAACUUGGGACUUUUUAUCCUGCAGAACCUGAACAUCAGGUUUAGCAAUUGUUUUUACCCCUUCUAAUUCAUGAACUGCUUAAGGUUGUGAGUUAUAUAAAAAUUCUGGGUAUAGGGCACAUACUUUGCUAAAUUACUAAUUGUUUUUAGUGCUGAUGGCUGAUUUUCUGGAAGCUAUUUUUAUUGAGAGACUCAAGAAGGAUAUCUCCUGUGGGCAUACAGUCGUAAUGGACUUACUGGAUUCUGAAAAACACAAAGCACUAGAGCAGAGCUCCGUGGUUAACAUUGAAAUUUGGACUAAAUAUCUACUAGUAUCAGCAUUAUGAACUUCUGUCUGUUUAAAGAAUGGCUAAAAAUGGCUAUAUUCUUUCUAUUCGUCUAUAAAUACCAAAUAUAUUUGAGUUAGCUUAGAAGCCAUGCAUUUAGCAUCUCAUUUUCAAAGGUAAAGUGGACUAGUUUGUGAUGUAAUCUCUUGCUGUCUUAAUUGAAAGGUUUGUCACUAGAGUUGCCCUAGUUUUCCUAGACUCUACUGAAGUUUUCUUUUCCAUUUCUUGUUAUGAUGGCUAAGGUUUUUGUUUCUUGAACCAAUAUAAUCUACAAGUUGAG